AUGUCAUCCUCUAGUAACUAUGCUUCCAGUGCAGAGACCUUGGAUUUGAGGUACGAGGCUGUGAAAUGUGAGCGUGGUGUAAGAGCUGCCAUAAGGGUAACCGAAUCUGAGAAGCCAUCAAAAGGAAGACUAAUGAGUACCCAAGAGGAAACACAAUCUGAAAAUAGGAAGAAUAAGGCAAAAUCCUCUCAAGUACCAUCUGUUAAGGCUCAUUGGGAUGCAAAAUCAAAUGAAAUCUUUAUUAAGCUUUGUGUUGAGCAAGUGAAGGUCGGACACAGACCUGGAACACACUUAGAUAGGGUCGGGUGGGAAAAUGUCAUAACUACGUUUAAAACUAUGACUGGAAAAGCAUACCAACGAAUACAAAUGAAAAACCAUUGGGAUGUGUUGAAAAAAGAUUGGCUUUUGUGGAACAAUUUGUUAAGGGGUGAGACAGGCUUAGGUCGUGAUACAUUGGCUGGAGCUAUAUCUGCAUCUGAUGAGUGGUGGACCAAGAAAUUGGAGAGGUAUCCUAAUGCUGCUAAAUUCCGGCGUAUGCCAUUGCAAUUUAGUGAAGCCUUAGACAUACUAUUCUUAGAUGCAGCUAUUACAGGAGAAUGA